AUGAGAGAGAUCUACAGGGAAUGUCUGAAGAACCACGCUGCGAAGCUCGGCACCUACGCGGCCGACGGCUGCUGCGAAUACAUCUCCGACGAGGUGCAGCCCGGAACGCUCUACUGCGCAGCUUGCGGUUGUCACCGAAGCUUCCAUCGCAAGGGCGUCGCGGAGCAUCACACCAGCGGGAGCGACACGACCGCGGUGGCGACGAAGUAUCUGCAGCUACGAGGGCAGCGGGCUACGGAGGAGGAUCUGCGGGAGGGGGGGAGCAAGCGACGAACGAGGACUCGGUUCACGCAGGAGCAGAAGGCCCGCAUGGCGCGGUUCGCAGGGAGCAUCGGGUGGAAGAUGCCGAGGAGGGAGGGUGGGGCCAAGCCCCCGCGGGAGGAGGGCGACGACGUCGACAGGUUUUGCUGCGAGGUCGGGGUGACGAGGAAGAGCUUUAAGGUGUGGAUGCACAACCACAAAGGCGGCGGCGGUGGCGCGACGGUGAUGGACCGCAACUCUCCGGCUUGUAAGGAUAGUGAUGAGGGAGAGAACACCAAUGAGGAGGAGGGACAGGGUGGGGAUAUGAUUCAUUCGAUUGAUGUAGGUCUUUGA